AUGCUUAUACUCAGCACUGCGCAACCAACGAAGGACCACGGGGUAGCCACUACGCACGAGAAGCGUUCACUUUUCCGUGACGUCAUAGAAUCUCUUCGAAUCCGAACGCAGCUACCGGAGGAGAUCAAUCUCAACGACGGAAACAACCUGUCGCAGAACUACGACCGGUAUGGCUAUGACAAUGAGCCACCGGAACUACCGAGCGACGCGGAUUUCAUACCGCGAAGAAAUGACCGCAUAGAAAUGCCAACGUUGAAACACAGAUUUCCAAAAAGUAUCCAAACUAACGGGAGCGAAAUCAAAGUGGAGAAUAAAAAGGAGGAUAUAAUUGUUUACGUCAAUACACCGACGGAGAGAUUUGAUCCCAAACCAACAACUCAGAGGCCACGAAAAGAACCAAAACCAGACCCGAAACCGAGCAGUAAAGUUAACUUUGUCAAAAACAAAGACGAAAUUCCGGAAAUGGACACCGACUUAAUAGAAGACAAUUUAAGACCAAUAAUAAAUAAAAUGGAGGAUUUGAGUCAAAUCGGGAACAGGGAAUACCAAACAGUUAUCAAGCCGACUGUAAUCGUUAACUUUCGAGGUACCGUCAGCCAUAGGGACAGCGAAAUAAGACUGGAAAAGAGGAACAAUCCCAAAAGGAAGCAGGAAUUAGACUCGGCGAGAAAUAUUUUUAACAUUAAUCAAGAAAUAAAAUUGGAGUCACCCAACGGCACCUUAGAUAUCGAAAGUAUGAGACAUUUGCGCAAAGAAGUUAAACAAGGCGUAAAUGUUGUUUCAGAUAAAAUAAAAGACAAUGCAGGAGAUAAUAUGACAAUGUGUGAAGGUGCACAAAUGCCAACUGAAGCUAAGGAACGUGACGCCCGAGAAAAUGAUAACAUUUUACAAAUUAUUGUUACGCUC